GGGCAGAACCCACCACCUCCGAAUUCACCGUCAUCAUGCACGGCCCCAAGCUGAAGACCAUCGAGGGCAUCGUGAUGGCUGCUGACAGCGCCCGCUCCUUCUCGCCCCUGGAGAAGUUUGGGCAGAACUUCUUGGAGAAGCUGAUAGGGAUUGAGGUGCCUCACAAACUGCUGGAGCGAGUCACCUUCGUGGACACGCCAGGCAUCAUCGAAAACCGCAAGCAGCAAGAACGAGGUUACCCAUUCAACGACGUGUGCCAGUGGUUCAUUGACAGAGCGGAUCUCAUCUUCGUGGUCUUUGACCCUACGAAGCUGGACGUGGGCUUGGAGCUGGAGAUGCUGUUUCGCCAGCUGAAGGGCCGCGAGUCUCAGAUCCGAAUCAUCUUGAACAAAGCUGACAGCCUGGCUACCCAGGAGCUCAUGCGAGUCUACGGCGCCUUAUUCUGGAGCCUGGCUCCUCUCAUCAACGUCACGGAGCCACCCAGGGUGUACGUUAGCUCCUUCUGGCCCCACGAGUACCAUCCGGACACCCACAAAGAGCUGUUCCUCAAAGAGGAGAUCUCUCUGCUGGAAGAUCUCAACCAGGUGAUCGAGAACAGGAUGGAAAACAAGAUCGCCUUCAUCCGCCAGCACGCCAUCCGCGUGCGCAUCCACGCCCUUCUGGUCGAUCGCUACCUGCAGACCUACAAGGACAAAAUGACCUUCUUUAGCGAUGGAGAACUGGUGUUCAGGGACAUUGUGGAAGAUCCUGACAGGUUCUUUAUCUUUAAGUCCAUCCUGGCAAAGACCAACGUCAGCAAAUUCGACCUCCCCAACCGCGAGGCGUACAAGGACUUCUUUGGCAUCAACCCCAUCACCAGCUUUAAGCUGCUGUCUCAGCAGUGUUCCUACAUGGGAGGGUGUUUCCUAGAGAAGAUUGAGAAGGCCAUCACUCGUGAGCUUCCUGACCUCCUGGGAAGCAUCGGCCUGGGGAAGAAGCCCAACGUUCUCUCCUGCGACGUCACUGGCUGUGGCGAAACCCCAAAGAACCGCUACAGGAAACCCUAAGGAGUUCUGUAGUGGAACCCUCCGCGUGGUCCUACCGGUGAAUGAGCUUAUGUCUUAUCUGUCCAAGAAGCCGCCGUUUGUUAACCCCUCGAGUGCCACACUGGCAAAGGCUGCUGUACGAUGAGGACUUGGAGUCAUUGACAUCGAUGGCAGGGGAAGAUGGGUGGGCAUAAGAAAGAGAAUAAAAACUGUGAA